AUGCAAAUGCAUAAAAUUCCAGACGAGAUACUGCUGCGUAUAUUCAAUGUGCUUGUGGAUGAUGUGCAGUCAUUGAUUCGAGUGAGCCAAGUUAGUAAGCGAUUCAACAGGCUUAUCGAUGAUCCCAAGCUAUGGUACAAUGCAUUCCUAUCAAGGUAUCCAGUAUGGGGAAGUCGAGUUGAAUAUUCGUUCAAUUCAAAGCGACUCAUCGAUUGGAAAGACUUUAUGAUUCACCUUGUAAAACAACAAAAGGCAACUGAAAACUUUAGCUUUGAAUUUGUGCAAGAGCAGCUACUUGUGAGCCGUCGUAAACGAAGAUUUGAAGAAGACACUAUCGAAGAGCCAGUCGAUCAAGAGGAUGAAGACGAAGACGAAGACGAAGACGAAGAAGAACAGCUGCCAUUUUGGAUACAAGAUCCUCUUGUGGUAGACAUUGAUCGUAUCGAUAAAACUGGCAUUGUAGCUACCGGCAAGCAUCGCAAAGACACACUCAGUAGAACAUCGCAGCACAAGAUUUUGUUUUGGGAAUACCCAUCAUGGAAACUCAUUCGCACCUUUGAGCUGAACCUGACGCCCUCCAACAUUACAUGUCAAAUCAUUGGCAUUCAGUCGAUUCGUAUGCCAACUGCGGAUGGAAAAGGUAUUCAAAAGGCCCGUUUCUUUACACUGGCUGUGGGCAUUGCGUUCAUGAAUGGCCUGGAUCAGCAACAGCCGCCAAACCAAGAGGAAUUUGAAGAUCGAGUGGAUAUUUGGAAGGCUAUCUUUGUGUAUCGGCUGUUUGAUGAUGGGUCAACCCAAUGUGUGGCUCAUGUCAGAGUGGAGGAUCUGUUUCUGGGCAGAGAGGUUUUUCUGUUCUCUGAUACGUCUUGGUGUCAGUCGAAUGAUGGUGAUUGCAAUGAUGCUCCACAAGAUGCCAGCACCUCGCCUCUAGCAGAUUGGAUGAAGAUUAUAUGUCCAUCAGCACAAGCGACGCCCCCGUCCAGCCAUGUUAACUCCCGCUUUACAGUGUAUAUGCUUGCUAUUGGCCCCAUCUUUGAACGCAACAUCACAGGUUGUGUGCAACUAGCUCAAUUUGAUAUACGAGGACAACGCAACAUACUGGAUCCAUCAACGACGCCUGUCGUUUGGGACACCGACUCAAAUCAGCUUGUGGCUAUAUCAAAGAAAUUCCACUCCUACUUGGGCUUUGGACAUCCCAUCAACCAUGGGCGCUACUUGUUUGAAAGUGCAACUGAUAUGCUGACUUGCAUACGACUCGGCACAGAUGUUAGCUGUAUGAUCCACUUUAAAUAUCCUCCUCACUUGAACCAUUUGAUAUGCACUGGAAGUUAUCAAGACGAUGAACUGUCUGUUUACGACUGGCGGUUUGGGAUCAAAGUGGGUUCGCUGCCCUGGAAGACUACCGAGGAUGCUACAGUCAUACGCCGAACAACAAGCAUUGUGGGUGCCAAUCCAGCAGCAGCAGAUCAACUGGAUCACGCUGUAUUACCACCACUCCAUCUGAAUCGACGACCUGGCAAUGAAGAUUUACAGGAGCAGCAGCAACAGCAGCAGGGGGAUGGCGAGGAGGAGGAGGAUGCGGAUACGGUGGAGGUGCCUGUGGAUGUGCGACCCUGGGGGUUGGAAUCAACACUUGUAUUACCACCUCACUGGAUGUCUUCUGAUGGCAAAAAAGACGCACAUGAGGAAUACAACCGCGAAGAUUUGGCUCAGCAUGGAUUCCGUCUAAUUGCAGUAGGAGAUAAUCGCAGCGAUAAUCAACGAGAUAAACUCGAGAUCAAAGUUUGGGAUAUAUCUUAUCUGCUACAGGUGCAAUGGGACCCCUUGAUUGAAAGCUACAACGAAGCAGAAGAGAAUAUAUCUGACAGCCUCAUGAUGGAACUGACGCAACGAUUCACAUGGUGGCCCAGACGCACCAAGGAACUGUCAAGAUUGGCCAUUCAGAUGAUACUGGAGCAACAGUACCAGUCGCACCUACUCUCUCAACACGACUUCUCUAUCGACUUGACCCACCACCACCAUCAAAAUUUACAGCAUAACACCCAUCAUAUUCAACACAGUCUAUAUACCAACAACAAGAAGAACCAUCCGCAGCAAUUUAUGUUACCCUACUCACCACCCCAAGGAUUGCAAUCCAUGCUACUAUCGCAUACAUUUGACAAAGAUGAGCAGCAGCAGCAGCAGCGACAACAACCCUCUGAAGAUAUACCAGUCAAGUACACGGCUUAUAAUGUACUGUAUACGUCAUUGUUCCUCUUGACUGAAGAUGGUAAGGUCACUGUCAUGGACAUUGAGACAGGCAAGAUUACUGGGACUGUCGAGAAUGUUGCACAGCAGCAGGUGGAAGGAAAAAGGAGCUCAUCACUGCAGCAGGAGAGCAGCCAAACGACUACUGCUACGCAGCAAGUACGAGGCAUUGAUGUCAAUGUCAUUGGGGGCAGAGAAGUUGUGGUGACUAGCAAAGAGGGCUUGCUGCGAGGCAUUGUCUCUUAA